CACCGAGUUGGGGGACAAGGGUUUGAGGGGUGUGGGGGCUUUUUUUUGCGGCUACCGCGGCUGGGCGAGGGAGAUGGCGGCUCGAUGGAGCAGCGAGAAUGUGGUGGUGGAGUUCCGCGACUCCCAGGCAACUGCAAUGUCUGUGGACUGUCUUGGGCAGCAUGCCGUGCUUUCUGGCCGAAGAUUCCUGUACAUCGUCAAUCUAGAUGCCCCUUUCGAAGGUCACCGGAAAAUCUCUCGUCAGAGCAAAUGGGACAUCGGAGCUGUGCAGUGGAAUCCUCAUGACAGCUUCGCACAUUAUUUUGCAGCUUCGAGUAACCAACGGGUGGACCUUUAUAAGUGGAAAGAUGGCACUGGGGAAGUUGGCACAACCUUACAGGGCCAUACGCGUGUCAUCAGCGACUUGGACUGGGCAGUGUUUGAGCCAGAUCUCCUGGUUACCAGCUCUGUGGACACCUACAUCUACAUUUGGGAUAUCAAAGACACAAGGAAACCUACCGUUGCACUGUCCGCUGUAGCUGGUGCCUCCCAGGUCAAAUGGAAUAAAAAAAAUGCCAACUGCCUUGCCACCAGCCAUGAUGGUGAUGUACGGAUAUGGGAUAAGCGGAAACCCAGUACAGCAGUGGAAUAUCUAGCAGCCCACCUCUCCAAAAUCCACGGCCUGGACUGGCACCCAGACAGCGAGCACAUUCUCGCUACCUCCAGUCAAGACAACUCUGUCAAGUUCUGGGAUUACCGCCAGCCUCGGAAAUACCUCAACAUUCUCCCUUGCCAGGUGCCUGUCUGGAAGGCCAGAUACACACCUUUCAGCAAUGGAUUAGUGACUGUGAUGGUUCCCCAGUUGCGGAGGGAAAACAGUCUGCUCCUGUGGAAUGUCUUUGACUUGAACACUCCUGUCCACACCUUUGUGGGACAUGAUGAUGUGGUGCUGGAGUUCCAAUGGAGGAGACAGAAGGAAGGGUCCAAGGACUAUCAACUGGUUACAUGGUCCCGGGAUCAGACUUUGAGAAUGUGGCGAGUGGAUUUCCAGAUGCAAAGGCUCUGUGCCAAUGACAUACUGGAUGGUGUUGAUGAGUUCAUUGAGAGCAUUUCUCUUCUGCCAGAACCAGAGAAGACCCUGCACACCCAAGACCCAGAUCACCAGCAUAACUCAAGCCAUGGGGAGGAAGAAGUGGUAAAGGAAGAUCCCCCUAGCAGUCUCCUGGAAGAGAGGAAGUCAGAUCAGCUGGGUCUGCCUCAGACUCUGCAACAGGAGUUCUCCCUGAUCAAUGUGCAAAUCCGAAAUGUCAAUGUGGAGAUGGAUGCUGCAGAUAGGAGCUGCACAGUGUCUGUGCACUGUAGCAACCACCGUGUCAAGAUGCUGGUGAAGUUCCCUGCUCAGUACCCCAACAAUGCUGCCCCUUCCUUCCAGUUUAUUAACCCCACAACCAUCACAUCGACCAUGAAAGCUAAGCUGCUGAAGAUCCUGAAGGACACUUCCCUGCAAAAAGUGAAACGCAACCAGAGCUGUUUGGAGCCCUGCCUGCGCCAGCUCGUCUCCUGCCUUGAGUCUUUUGUGAACCAAGAAGACAGCGCUUCUAGCAACCCAUUUGCACUCCCAAACUCCGUCACACCACCUUUACCAACUUUUGCACGGGUGACCACGGCCUAUGGAUCAUACCAGGAUGCCAAUAUUCCCUUUCCUAGGACUUCUGGGGCCAGGUUCUGUGGAGCAGGUUACCUGGUGUAUUUCACAAGGCCCAUGACGAUGCAUCGGGCAGUGUCUCCCACAGAACCUACUCCCAGAUCUCUCUCCGCCUUGUCUGCUUAUCAUACUGGCUUGAUUGCACCAAUGAAGAUCCGCACAGAAGCCCCUGGGAACCUUCGCUUGUACAGCGGGAGCCCCACACGCAGCGAGAAGGAACAGGUUUCCAUCAGCUCUUUCUACUACAAGGAGCGGAUGUCUCCUCGCUCUGCCCGGCGACGUUGGUCCAUACAAGCAAUUAACGACUUCCCGAAAUCAAGGAGGUGGAAAAGUAAACGUGAAGGAUCAGACUCUGGCAAUCGACCCAUCAAGGCUGCUGGAAAAGUCAUUAUCCAAGAUGUUUCGUGCCUCCUUCCUGUUCACAAAUCACUGGGAGAACUGUACAUAUUGAAUGUGAAUGAUAUUCAGGAAACAUGUCAGAAGAACGCUACUUCAGCCAUGCUCGUUGGAAGAAAGGAUCUUGUCCAGGUGUGGUCGCUGGCUACAGUAGCUACAGAUCUUUGCCUUGGUCCGAAGUCUGACCCAGAUUUGGAAACACCCUGGGCUCGGCAUCCAUUUGGGCGACAGCUGCUGGAGUCCCUGCUGGCUCAUUAUUGCCGACUCCGGGACGUGCAGACCUUGGCAAUGCUCUGCAGUGUGUUUGAAGCCCAGUCACGGCCUCAGGGCAUCCCGAACCCCUUCGGACCUUUUCCUAACAGGUCUUCUAAUCUCAUGGUGUCCCACAGCCGAUAUCCCAGCUUCACCUCCUCGGGUUCCUGCUCCAGCAUGUCAGACCCAGGGCUCAGCACCGGUGGCUGGAACAUAGGGACUCAGUCGACACACUGUAGUCUGAGAGUUUCAGGUGUUCUAGGGCCUUCUCUGAUUGCGUCUUCCCUUCCCAUCUGCUCUUCUUCAGCGGGAAGAGAGGCAGAGCACAUAUCUUCACCUUGGGGAGAGUCUUCGCCGGAAGAACUCCGCUUCGGCAGUCUGACCUACAGUGAUCCUCGCGAGCGGGAACGGGACCAACAUGAUAAAAAUAAAAGGCUUCUGGACCCUGCCAACACCCAGCAGUUCGAUGACUUUAAGAAAUGCUAUGGAGAAAUCCUCUACCGUUGGGGUCUGAGAGAGAAGCGAGCGGAAGUGCUGAAGUUUGUGUCCUGUCCUCCUGAUCCCCACAAAGGGAUCGAGUUUGGUGUGUACUGCAGCCAUUGCCGAAGCGAGGUCCGGGGCACACAGUGUGCCAUCUGUAAAGGCUUCACGUUCCAGUGUGCCAUCUGCCACGUGGCUGUGCGGGGAUCGUCCAAUUUCUGCCUGACCUGUGGCCACGGCGGCCACACUAGCCACAUGAUGGAGUGGUUUCGAACCCAAGAGGUGUGUCCCACUGGGUGUGGGUGUCACUGCCUGCUUGAAAGCACUUUCUGAACCUGCCUGUGGUGGAGUUGUGCUCUGAGGACCCCAUAAGUGCUGGAAAAAGCCUGCCAGGAGGGAAGCUGCAGAACCCAGGCUUGUCCCCAGUGAGGUGGGAGGAUGUUGCCCUUACAGACUGCUGCAGCCGCCACUGCUCGCCGGCCUUCUCCUUCUCUAUGGCUGCCCUGGCAUGGACAUCGCUGGGGCAGGGCGGGCAGGCAGGUGCACAGAGCUGAGCUACUGCAGGGAAGUUCCCUGGGGAAGAGCACCUGCCUCUGGAGUCUUAGCCUGAACCACGAGCGGACGCUCUGACCAAGUGAGCUGUGAAAGAGUCUCGAAGCCAAAGAACGGUGGACACUAAUUUAAUUGACAAGUGGGCCUGUGACAUCUGUGACUUUAGAAAUUGAUACAUUUAAAAGAACAGAUGGAUAGCAGCCUUCUGUAGAAUACUGAAAUUGUAAAUAUAUGCUGUACUUAAGGAUUUUAAAGAUGUAUUUGUUUUCAUUUCUUCUCCAACUGCUUUCCCUUGACUAAUACAACCCUAGUAAUUAUUUGAAAG